AUGCCUCUCGACACAAUCUACCUCACCCGUCAUGGCCACCGCCUCAAUUGGACGAUAGACUACAAAACGGGCACCUACCAUGCUCAAUUUCCCACCCCCACAGGCAAUCCAGCUGAUCCCACCCUCACCUCGCACGGAGUGCGCCAGUCCCAUGAGCUCGCUGCGCAUCUGACCAGCGAUAGCGUCCAUCCGAAACCUUUUCGCGUCUACUGCAGCCCGUUCUACCGAUGUCUCCAGACAAUCCAGCCAUCCGUGGAGGCACUCAAAGAGCUCCACCAGAGCAGAUACUCGAAAGCUUGUACCUCUACGACAGCCACGACUGACAGCACCAUUGAACCCCACGCAGACUUUGACGUGCGCAUUGAGAAUGGUCUAGGAGAAUGGUUCGGCCACACCACCUUCUUCGAACACCCGCAGCCCGCCCCGCAUUCCAUCCUAGCCACCCACUUCCCGACCCUCCUCCCUCUCCCUCCUGCUACAUCUCCUCCCCCUAGUGUCCGGGACCGAGGAGGAAACCCCUCCACCUCGAACCCACCAACCACACCCCAUGUGAUCCCCUCGCCCACCGGCGAAACCAUCGCCCAACUCCACGACCGCGUCGCCACCGCCCUCGCCGGCAUCCUCGCCGACGUCGACGCCGAGAUCGCCGCGCUGGAGGCCGCGCAGCCCGCCCACGAACCCCGGACCAGCAAAGCGAUCCUCAUCUGCUCGCAUGCGGCGCCCUUGAUCGCCAUGGGCCGCGCGCUGACGGGCCACAUGCCGGCGGAUCCGAAUACCGAGGACUUCGCGGUGUUCACGGCGGGGCUGAGUACCUUUCGCCGCCGCCGUCGCGAGAGCGGGGAGCGGGGUGAUGCUUCUCCCGGGCAGCAGGCUGAGAUGCCAUCACUUGCACGGGGGACGAAAGUCCUUCGGGCUGGUACAACAGUCCUGGAUUGGCGUGGGGGCAAAGGUGUCGCUGGUGGGUGGGAUUGUGUGCGGAAUGGUGACUGUGAGUUCUUGAGUCAGGGGGCUGAACGAGGGUGGCACUUUGAUGGAGAAGAAGGGUUUGAUACGGGCCCUAUGGCGCCAGAGGAGGCGGGGCCGACGUCGAGUUUGGAUACUAUGACUACCGAUGGCGUAGGUGAGCGGGGGAUGAAAUUGUGA